AUGACAGAUAUCGAAGUUCAUGUUGAGCCCCAACUGAAAAACUCACCAUCGGGAAAACCAGUGUUUGAGGGCCGACAGCAGGAGGACAUGAGCGAGCUGAACGAGCCGCUGUUGCUGUUGGCUGACGCUGCUCUGGCGCCACCCUGCGGUGAUCAGGGGGCCUGCAGCUAUGACUGUGAGGCCUGCAGCCACCCGGAGGUCGGAGGCAUGGAGAGGAGCAUCCAGUCUAUGCGGUUGCAGCUCCAGUUCCUCAUGAGCAAAGCAGAUGACUUACAUGACUGCCUCGUGAAUGGGCAGGGUCAUCUAGACAGAGACGCUCUUGCUGCAGCGGUACCAAGUUUCCUGUUCAUGUGUCAGCCUUACUUUAACCACCUGGAAUCCACAGCUAGGAGUACCAUGUCCCAGGCUACCCCUCUACGUCUGGACAUCUACACAAGGCUGCUAAACUUCUCUCAGCAGCUGUGUGACAGGUUGGAGCAGCUGGUGUUAACCUACGCCAGCCACAGUCUCCUCUGUUUGGAUGAAACAGAGCCCAACAGCAUGUCUCACUUCUGCAUCGGUCAGAGCCGGCUCAGCCAGCUGAGGCUGACAGUGUUCCGUUACUGUAAACCAGUGCCGUAUCUGGCCCGGUUCGACACCGGCCUGUACAAACGAAUGCGUUGGAACGUGGAGAAGCUCAGAGACGAGUGGCAGCAGCAAGAAGCAGAUGAAGAGCAGGAUGGAGAGAGCGAGGAGAGGGAUGAAGAAACAGUUGGAGACACAGAGUAUUACUUCCUGUGCUAUGAGGAUAUUCCCAACGGGCAUGCAGAUGCUGACGGAGACGAUAAGGUAGUGAGGAUGUGGACCAUCGGUCAGUGGGUGCAGGUGAACCCAGACCCCGACACAGAGGACAUCUAUAACUGGAUCAUGUGCGAGGUUCCUCAGGCCAGCUACCACAGGCUGUUGUUCCUGGGCAGCGAUGAGCCAUCGAGCUGCUGUGCUACAGACUACCUGCAGCAGCUGCUGUUGUCACGCCAGACAGCUGAGUGA